AUGGGUUCCUCCGCCGCCGUCCUGCUAUGCGUCGUGCUGUCUCUGGUCGCCGCCGCGCCGCAGCCACGCUUCAUAACAAUGGAGGUACUCAAAGGCACGGCGCCGUCGACGCCCCGCAAACUCAUCGGCUUUGCCAGAGGGUUUUGCCCGGUGCCGUUCGACGAGAUGCGAGAAAUGGGCAAGAUGGGGAGCAAAUGCAGGGGGCAGGAGAUACCGAAGCCGCAGUGCUGCGCGGCGGUCAAGGACUUCGCCUGCCCCUACUCGGACCUGGUCGACGAGCUCACCAACGGCUGCAACGUUGAGCUGCUGGACAAGGCCCAAACAUUCUGCAGCGUGCCCAUAGGGUACUUCGGCUUCUGCGGGGAUUCGGAAUUCGGGAUCAGCUGCCCUCCUCGCUGA